UUGAUGUUGUUUGUAGGUUGGUCCUUAAAUAACUCUGAUGGUUUUACUUAAGAAAAACACUACCCAUCAGCCGGUUCACAAUCACACACUCCACCCUCUACGUGGAAAAACCGGGUUCACUAACGAGUGAAUCGGUUUUGCCCUAAACCCCCACUCACUCCCUGAUCCUCCCCUUCUCUUCAGCAGGUCAUCUCUCCUCUUCAGCGGCGAGACCUUCAUCUCCCCCUCGAAAUCCGCAGCUCCCCCUCCAUUCCCUGGGUUUCAUCUCCCCAUCAGCCGGUUCUUCAUCUGGUCUGAGUCCACCCUCCCUCUUCUGCAGCGAAGAGACCACCCCGAAACGACCAGCGACGAGACCACCCUCCCUCUUCUGCAGCUGCUUCAUCCCUCUCGACCACCCCGCGUCCAGAGAUCUGCGGAAGAGAACAAGAGUCCAGAGAUCUGCGGCCACAGAGGACUUUUCCUCACUCGGGAGCAGCGUCCCGACUAAUCCCUGGAGUGCACAAGUCCUCGGUAAAGAGUUUCCCGCAAGUGCACAUCGGAUAAUUUAAGGGAAAAAUCCUCCAGUCUAAUGGCCCAUGGAGAUCAUUUGCACCCAGUGGGAUUCGAACCUUAGACCUGGACGGAGCAUACCUCCAAGCUCCAGAACUUUACCACUUAAGCCAACCCCUCAAGGUACCAGUUUAGCCCAAGUUGUUGUGACAACAGUUCUGAAGUUUUAGUUUGUUGAUUUGAUUUUUCAAUGGGGGAUGCGGAAAAUGCCCUUCCUCUUUCAAAAAAGAGGGCCGCUGGAAGGGAACUCACUAAAGAUACUGCUGGUCUUGAUGAUGAGGAAGAUGCUCCUGAACAAGAGACUGGAACUUUCAAGAGGGCCAGUGAGGAGGUGCUGUCAACCAGAAGAAUUGUCAGAGUUCGUCGAAAUCAGACCACAUCAACCCCCUCUUCCAAUCCAUUUGCCGGGAUUCAUUUAGUGCCUCCUACAGAGUCCAAUGCAACCUCAACUGUUAGCAGUGUAGCACAGGCUGCUGAUGUGAAGACGGUUUCAGAUGAUGUAGAUGGAAAAGACGAGGAAAUUGAGCAGUCAGAGAGCAAAAUCAAUGGGGCAGAGGAUGAAUCUUCAGCAGAUAAGGAGAAUGCUGUGGAGAAGGAGAACAGCAAUAUUGGAAUCGAGGCAGCUGGACCUGAUGAACAACCGGCAAAAGAAAAUUCUGAAAAUGAAGAGAAGAAAGAUAUUGAAAGCGAAACCGUGAAUUCAGGUGUGGAAGGUACCCCUUUGAGUUCAUUCCAACAGCUUUCGAGCAGCAAAAAUGCCUUCACCGGCCUUGCAGGAACUGGAAUUUCCACUUCUACCUUUUCCUUUGGUUCUAUUUCAACGGAUGGAUCAACACUCAGUACUGCUUCUGUGUCUCUUUUUGGAGUGAAAGAUGACAAGCCUUUUGGUCUGGGCCUCUCUAAUAAUGGAAGUUCUUCAAUUUUUGGCACUUCGGGCGCUUCAACUGUUUCGAAGAGUGAGGGAACUGGUUUUCCAUCAAUGCAAGAGGUUGCGAUUGAGACUGGGGAAGAACACGAGGAGGUGGUUUUCACUGCCGAUUCAGUGUUGUUCGAAUUUGUUGAUGGGGGUUGGAAGGAACGUGGGAAAGGCGAACUAAAAGUUAAUGUGUCCACAACUGGGACUGAAAGAGCCCGAGUUCUUAUGCGAGCCAGAGGAAAUUACAGGUUAAUUUUGAAUGCUAGUCUUUACCCGGACAUGAAGCUCACAAAUAUGGAGAAGAAAGGCAUCACUUUUGCCUGUAUUAAUAGUGCUAGCGAAGGAAAGGAUGGUCUGUCUACAUUUGCUUUGAAGUUCAAGGACGGUUCCAUAGUGGAGGAGUUUCGAGCUGCUGUUACCGCACAUAAAGGUAAGGUGUCGACGGUUCUGAAGACUCCAGAAAACUCCCCCAAGGCUUCUGAUGACUGAAAGGUGCUCCCAUGUUGUACACGGGGUGGAAAUCCUUUCUCCCCUUGCAAGAGAAGUUGAUUCAGAAUUCGGAACUCCUAGUCCGUCUGUCGCGGAGUUUACAGAGUCUUUUCCUUUUUGUUGUAGUUUAAUUUCAGUGAGGAGAAAUUCUGUUGACGUCAUUUUGGAUAAAUCUUGGUUCAGACUGCAUAAUUUGAGCUUGAAAGACAUUGAUGUUGGUCGCAGAUUUAUGUAGUUCCCUAAAUCUGGGAUAUAUUUCGAGUUGUAAUGUCAUAUGUUGGAUAUUUUCUUGCUCCCAAAAAUCAAAAAGUGGAUAACCAGAUUGCCUUGUUGAUUGGAUUGGAGUGAUUUCAUUGUA